GUCUGAGCCUAAACGACAUGCUCUACGGCGGCGGCACCACCCAAGACCUCCACGACAACAGCAGCAUCUACUCGGAACCGGCCUACGUCCAGGAAAAAUUCUGCGAAAACUGCAAAAUCAGUAUGACCCGACCAAACACCGUCCAGAACUGGUACGAGAACGCGUUCCUCAGUGCCAGCACCCAAGACCUCUCCCGUCACAACGAACCGCACAGCAGAACCAGCAGCCGGUUCCAAAGGAACCACUGCCACACGAAAACCACCUCCAGCAGCAUUAGGGAAACUAACCUGGCUUUUUUACGACAUCCCGACGGCGCAUCCAACCCCAAUUUACUCAAAGAGACAGCGUUUAAGUCGACGAGUGGAUGUGAUGCGCCGUCAGGCACCGAGACUGAGUCGAGGGGAAGUAUUACUGCGCAGCCUCCGUCUGUGCCGUGCUCGCUGCCCGUGACGGAGCGGGUGAACAGGGCUGUGUUGAAUUUGGAGACGGGCAUUACGGCGGUCAAGUUGGGCAGUCAGAAGAACGAAGAGUACGACUCUGGGCAUGACUCGACGCCUAGGACUUCGAAGCAUAGUCCGGCUGCUAUAUCUAGGAGAGCUGAAAGUGGGUACGAUUCUGUGGUGCGUGACAGUGAAAGCAGCUCCAUCGACUCAGAACCUACAAGGUUCGCUCACGUGGGCAGAAGAGGCAAAUGCAAGCACAAACAUGAAAAAAGCUUCUGCUCGUGGUUCCUCAACCCCUUCACCUGUAAAUACAUAGACGAACCCCCCGAAACGCACUUCUAGGGGUAAAUUUGACGAAUUUAAACGUAUACUCUUCUAA